CCCCCUGAUCAUUGAUAUACAGAACUCAAAAGAUGGAGAAGCUACAACUUAGCUUGAAACUCCUGUUUUUGGUAGUUUCUCUUCUGUGCCAUGAUGGUAAAGCUUCUAUAUCAUCAAUUGGUGGGCUCAAAAUGGAGGAAUUGUUGCAAGAAAAGCCCUCUCAGAACUUCACUUCCACGAAAUUUGGAUCAGAUACGUCUUUCAGCCUUUCAUCAGCGUAUCUUUGCUCCCAAAGUGGGCGCAAAGAAAAUGACAAGAUUCAAAGGCUGCCUGGACAGCCUGACGGAGUAGACUUCAACCAAUAUUCAGGAUAUGUUACUGUUGAUCCCAAUUCAGGACGAGCUUUGUUUUACUAUUUUGUCGAAUCACCGAGAAACUCUUCAUCUAAUCCACUUGUCCUGUGGCUCAAUGGAGGUCCCGGUUGUUCUUCUCUUGGAGCCGGAGCAUUGACGGAACUUGGGCCAUUUAGAGUUGAAAAAGGUGGCAAGACUCUCUACAGAAAUCAAUAUGCGUGGAAUGCAGAGGCCAAUAUCAUAUUCUUGGAGUCUCCAGCUGGUGUUGGAUUUUCAUAUACAAAUACAACAUCAGAUUAUGAUUUCACUGGGGACGAAAGAACUGCAGUGGAUACGUAUACGUUUCUAGUCAAUUGGCUUGAGAGGUUCCCCGAGUACAAGACUAGGGACUUUUUUAUUGCAGGAGAAAGCUAUGCUGGCCAUUAUGUACCUCAGCUAGCUCAAGUGAUACUACACGCAAACACUAAUACGAACCAUACUAAAAUCAAUCUAAAAGGAAUCGCUGUUGGCAAUGGGUUGAUUGACUACGAAUCCUACAGUAGGGGAUGGUUAGACUAUUAUUGGACUCAUGCCCUUAUAUCAGACGAAAUAUAUAUUGGACAUAAAUCCAACUGCAAUUUCUCGUCUCCUGCUCCUCCAUCUGAUAUAUGUCGCCAAUAUCAAGACCAAGUCAUAAAUGCCACUAAGGACAUAUACCCUUACGACAUUUUUGCGCCCUUGUGCAAUUCCACCUCUUCAUCCACUCUGAUCUCAGUCUUUGAUCCCUGCUCGCUGGAUUAUGCUUUCGACUACUUAAACAACCCCGCAGUUCAGAUUGCUCUUCAUGUGGAUGCUGCCACUUUUCCUUAUCCCUGGGAACUGUGCAAUCUUACCAUGAAUGGUAGCUGGAAAGACCGACGUUUGCCUAUACUACCAAUUAUCACUGAGUUGAUGGAAUCCGGAAUUCCAGUUUGGAUUUACAGUGGUGACACGGAUGGUGCAGUGCCAGUAACGUCCUCAAGGUAUGCCAUCAAUAAACUUGGGAUAUCUGUGAAAACUCCCUGGUAUCCUUGGUACCUCCAGAAUGAGGUUGGCGGAUAUGUGGUUGAGUAUGAAAACUUGAUGUUCGUUACCAUAAGAGGAUCUGGACAUUUUGUUCCUAGUUACCAGCCAGCAAGAGCCCUUGCACUCUUCUCUUCAUUCAUAAACCAAAAACUUCUCCCAUCCAAAUAGACUAAAAAAAGGGGAUGCUUUAGGAUGACCGAAAGAAAAUGCGGAUAACACAUAUUCUUGGCAUAUAUGUCAAACUACUCGUCUCGCCUUCUUGUUCAUUAGCCAAAAAAAUUAGUAUGAGACCUGACAAAUUAAAUUUUGUUCGACUGUCUUGUUAGUUGAAUGCAAAAUCUGUCAUCCAAAUUACUAUUUCGUGUUUAAAUGAA